AGGUUAUGUUUUGAUUCGUGAGUCGUGUUGGGUAAACUUACUUUUAUUAAUAAAAAAUAAUUAUUUACGUGCAUAGAAUGUAGCUGAAGGAGUGUUUUAUGCUAAAAAGAAGUUACGAAUGCAUUUAAGAAAAAUGUGGCCGCGGUAUUUGUUAUGGUUCGCUCAGGAACACGUCGAUUUUCGGCAUGCUGAAAUGCAAAGUUUGCUGUCCAUGUUCAAUAUUCCGAUCAGAUAUGUCGAAAAACCAUGUGAAGUAAAACCUUACUGGGUAGUUGAAGUGCCCUCGGAAGAGUGCGUCAGAAAACUUGCAUCGCGCUCUGUGCUUCUUAAAAACUGUAUAGAAUUAUGGUCGAGGGCCAAAACCGAGGCGCAGCUGCAUCAAAACUUGAAGCGAGCAAUGCAGAACAGCACAGACCAGUGGAUUACUUCAGAGGGUUCCGAGAAUGGAGUCAGUGAUCAAGAUAUUUGCCCCAGUGGCUUGAUAGACGCGUGUCGGCCGGUGGACAAGUCUUUCAAAGUGGAAGUUGAGACCUUCUGCAAGCAUUUUAGUAUGAAGGAGAAAGUUGAGAAAAUUGAGAAAUUUGAUUACCUCGCAUUUAAUGGCCCAGUGAAGCUGAAGAACCCAGACAUACUGCUGAGCUACAUAGAGUUCUAUGGACUGGACCCCAACAAUGUGCCCGAGGAGCCAGAACACUUGUUCUUUGGGAGAUGGGUAGCAGAUGGGCAGCGUGACCUGAUCCAGCAGCACUCCUUAAAGAAGCGCACAUUCAUCGGCAACACCAGCAUGGAUCCUGCGCUGGCAUUGCUAGCUGCCAACCAGGCACAAGUCCUAGAUGGAGAUAUAGUGCUCGACCCUUUUGUCGGUUCUGGCUCUCUGCUGGUUGCUGCAGCUCAUUUUGGAGCGUAUGUGUGCGGAACAGACAUCGACUACCUCAUGCUACACGCGCGGACGAGGCCCACGCGCGUCGGACAAAAGGUCCGCAAGAAAGAGGAGAGCAUCCGCGCGAAUAUGCAGCAGUACGGCAUCGGCGCGCGGUUUCUGGACGUGGUGGUGAGCGACUCCUCGCGGCCGCUGUGGCGUCCCGGGUGGAACGUAGACGCUGUCAUUACCGACCCCCCAUACGGAAUUCGCGAGCCAACAGAACGCGUAGGCAUAGAGAAGGAUAACUACACUCUAUCCGAGCAGCAUUUAGCCCAGCACGUGCCCGCUAAAGUGGAAUACGCACUCACCCAACUGUACCGCGACCUGCUGGGCGCGGCCGCGCGGCUGCUGGCGCCCGGCCGCCGCCUCGUCACCUGGUAUCCGCUGCUCAGAGCGGAAUACAGCCCCGACCAGCUGCCGUCCCACCCGUGCCUCGAGCUGGUGGCCAACUCCGAGCAAGUCCUGUCUCGGCUCACUGCGAGGAGAUUACUCACUUACGAGAAGAGACGGGAGCCCGACGGGGACGUCGCGGCCGACGGAGGAGUCCACAACUUCAGGGAAAAGUACUUCAACUCUGGCGAAGAAACGCGUCGCGCCAGGAAGGAGCGCAGAGCGGAGGAGCUGGCCGCCUACUUGAGGCAGAAAGCAAAUCAAAAUGUACAUGUCACUUAACAACUUUAUUGUUUAAUAUACUGUUACAUAUAUUUAUGUUGCAACUUAUUUUCUACCAACAGUCCAGGAAAUCGAUGGAAUCCACAAGUUUUAGUGACAAAAAAAGUGUCGGCUCCUUGACUGGGAGUUGUUUGUUCAAUUCUGAUAGUGAAAAUCUGGCAGUAGUGAUGCGAGUCCAUCGAUUUCUAGGUUUUUCUUAUAAUAUAUUUUUUUGUUAUAUUUACUAUAGGUACAUACAUAUAUACCCGAAUUCGCAUACAAAAUGCGACAUUAAUUAAUUUAUACUAUGUAUAGUUAAUAUCGGGACUCCUGUAGCAUAUGUCCAGAUUUUAUACUGUUGAUGAUUACAAUUUGUUUCAGUA